UCAUCUUGUGUAUAAAAGGCGAAGCUCAUGGUGCUGCACAGUCAGACAGCCUCGGGAGUGAAGAACCCUUCAUAUCAAAGAGGAACCAAAUCCCUGCUAAGUAAACUCUGCUGAUCUUCACAAGGAUGAAUUUUACAAUCAAGUGCAUCGUCCUUCUGGCCAGCAUCACCUUCUGUGCCUCAGCGAGAAUUUUGACCUGCAAAUGCAUAAAAGCUACCACAAGAGCAAAUAUCUCGCUCAUCGCUGAUGUCAGAGAGUAUGAACCCAGUCCAUACUGCAGCAAACACGAAGUGAUUGUCACCAUGAAAGACGACAGCCAGCGAUGUCUCGUCCCUAAAUCAAACUUCACCAAACAGCUCCUGAAAAUAUGGAAUAUGAAAAAGGAAAAUGCUGGUGAGAUGAAAAACAGCCAGCCAAGAACAACUACUGCAGCAACCAAACCAAUAUAAUCAGCAGCAGUAACAUCACAGUAACAUGCUAAACAUGUUUCGCUGCCUGGAUGCGUGCGGGGUCAGAGCUGCUCUGUGUUGUUUUCGUCUGCCCGACAAACGAGCAUCAAGAGCAGCUUAGCAUUGUCAGAAAGUCUUAGCACACUGUGACUGUAAAAACUGUGAAUUAUCCGUGCUGUGAUAUUUGAUAUUGUAUAACUCAAUUACUGAAUAAUUUAAAUUCACAGAUGUAAUUGCUGUAUAUAGGCAACAUGUAAUUAGCAUUUAUUGUUAUACAUUGAAGGAUUUUAAUAUGUACAUAAUAUUAUAUGGAAUAUGUUGUGUAUUUUUGUUUUUAUAUUUAUAUAUUUACACUAAUGCUGCUUGCUGUGUGAUGUAGUGAAAACAUAUUUGAUAUUAAACCACAAUUAUUAG